CCCGGCCCGCCGCGUCCCGCCCCGUUCUGCGGUGAGUGGCGGCGGGGCCGGGGGCCGGGGGAACCCUGCGAGGCGCCGGGGGGUCGGGCAGCUCUGCCCUCCCCCGGUGGGACGGGCCAGCCGCCGGGGAGCCGGGCUUUCCGUGCGUUUGUUCUGUCACCCGUUUGGGGACAAAGUUUGGGAAUAAAGGGAGGUUUUCCCCGCCUGAUCCCGGAAGGGAAGGAGAGCUGCGAGGGAAAAUGCGACCGCCUGCUCCGAGAAGUCCCGUUCCCUGCCUGCCGCGCCUCCAGCUGAGCUCCUUCUUGUGAUGCUCUCGGGGGACGGGGCAGGGGCUCCCGGCGGGCUGCUGGACGCGCUGCGGGGCUGCGGCCGUAAGGAGGGAGUGUCCACGCUGUUUCCGCAGACCAACUUCGGUUCAAACCACAGACGUCUGAUUCUCCAGGUCCUGAAGGAUGCGAAUAACUUAGUGCUUCGUGUUCCGUUCGCCAUCUGAGCACUGCUGUCUUCCGGAGGAGCAGCCUGAGGAGCCGAGCUGGUGUCUGUCACGAAUAAAGGGAGCCCUGCAGAGACUUGCUAGAGGGACCACCUCCCAUUUCGCAUCUGGCUGAGUGGACUAUGGUGGCAGGAAGAUGUUGGCUCGCAAGAGUAUCAUCCCUGAAGAGUAUGUGCUGGCACGGAUCGCUGCCGAGAACCUGCGCAAGCCGCGCAUCCGCGACCGCCCGCGCAAAGCCCGCUUCAUCGCCAAGAACGGCGCCUGCAACCUGGCCCACAAGAACAUCCGUGAGCAGGGGCGAUUCCUGCAAGACAUCUUCACCACCCUGGUGGACCUGAAGUGGCGUCACACACUGGUCAUCUUUACCAUGUCCUUCCUGUGCAGCUGGCUGCUCUUUGCCAUGAUGUGGUGGCUGGUGGCCUUUGCCCACGGCGACAUGGACCCGAGCACAGAAAACCCUUUGAACAGCACGAAGUGGACGCCGUGCGUGACGUGUGUCAGGUCUUUCACCUCCGCUUUCCUCUUCUCCAUCGAAGUCCAGGUGACCAUUGGCUUUGGGGGCAGGAUGAUGACCGAGGAGUGUCCGCUGGCCAUCACAGUCCUGAUCCUGCAGAACAUUGUGGGGCUGAUCAUCAAUGCCGUCAUGCUGGGCUGCAUUUUCAUGAAGACGGCGCAGGCUCACCGGCGGGCCGAGACGCUGAUCUUCAGCCGGCAGGCCGUCAUCGCCGUCCGCAACGGCAAGCUCUGCUUCAUGUUCCGGGUGGGGGACCUGAGGAAGAGCAUGAUCAUCAGCGCCUCAGUGAGAAUCCAGGUCGUGAGGAAGACCACGACUCCCGAAGGAGAAGUCAUACCCAUUCACCAAGUGGAUAUCCCUGUGGAUAAUCCCAUUGAAAGCAACAACAUUUUCCUGGUGGCUCCCUUGAUCAUUUGUCAUGUCAUAGACAAGCGGAGUCCUCUUUAUGAUAUAUCUGCUUCUGACCUGGCGCUCCAGGACCUGGAGCUCAUUGUGAUACUGGAAGGGGUUGUAGAAACCACUGGCAUCACAACACAGGCGAGAACCUCCUACGUGGCAGAGGAGAUCCUGUGGGGUCACCGCUUCGUGCCCAUCGUCACCGAGGAGGAGGGCGUGUACGCUGUCGACUACUCCAAGUUCGGCAACACCGUCAAAGUGGCUGCGCCACGCUGCAGCGCCCGGGAGCUCGAUGAGAAGCCCUCCAUCCUCAUCCAGACCCUGCAGAAGAGCGAGCUGUCCCACCAAAACUCCCUGAGGAAGCGCAACUCCAUGAGGAGGAACAACUCCAUUCGGAGGAGCAACUCCAUGCGGAGAACCAACUCCUCGCUGAUCGUGCCCAAAGUGCAGUUUAUCACACCUGAGGGGAGCCAGAGCGCCUCAGAAACGUGAUGCACAGCUUUGUGCCAGGCCACUGGGCUUUGGGAGGAGGAGGCACCUGUGGUGUUUUGCUUCAAUUUCCUUUUACUUAAGAAAACGAGAACACAAUGCAGAAGAGAACCGUGCAAGAACUAUUUAUUCCAUUACUUAUUGAAAGCACCACCUAAAGGCAUUAGAAAACACCUUAGCACUUAGUGUAUGAAUUAAUUAAAAAUGGCACGUACACUAAAGAAAACACACUUCACUCAUGUAAUAUAAUGUGUAUUUAUACUUGUUUUAAUGGCAUGCUGAUUUUUUAAUUGUAUUUUUCCUAUCAAAGGUCUCUUUCUUAUCUUCUGCUGGCUGUCACAAAAUGUGGGGCUUUCCUAUGCAAGUGAGUGCUUCACAAAACUUCUGUAUUCAACAGCUCCCACGGAUUUUGUACAUGACAUUUGGAUAUUGAUUUUUUUUGUGUGUGAAUUCCUUGUUCUCUUAAAGGGAGUAUCUAAAUUCCUUAAGGAUUUCACUGGAGAAGAGCCACCAUUUCACCUUUGGUUUCCCAGGCUUUUUCUUUUUUAUUGGUUUGUGGCAGGGGCAUUUUGAGAGUAAAUUCAGGUCAGGUGGAGUGCCCUAUCCAUCCCACAGGAAAGCUGGUGUCACUCCAGGCAGGAAGACCAGCAAAAUGAUGGAGUGCUGCUCUUCUUCUCAGGGUGAGAUACUUGGCUGCAGGACAACACACAUCUUAGAUUAGCUGUAGCCCAAGCUGAGAAAUCCCAGUCCUCCUGGCUGCCACCUGGGCAUCUGUUUCACUGAAAUUACUCAAGCUGGGAAAAGCAGAUGCCUCUUUAACAUUCUCUUCAUGAAGGAAGACCAAAUCCUGUUUUGCUUUCUCUGAUAGAUUCAUACAAGGAAGGAAACACGUGUAUUUGCCUCACUUACUUUCCAUAGGAUUAAAUCUGCUUCCUCCAGAAGAAGGUUAUUUUUUCCCAGUGGGAACUCAUGAAUGGGAAUGAGAAGGAAGCCUGCCAAUAAUAUUAGAGAUAGUAUUUUCAAAACUAUCUGAAUGCUUUUCAGGGGGACUUGGAUGCUGCUGCUGAAUUUCUGCUUGUUAGCAGUGCCUCAUCUGUGUUUUUAUAUAAUCCAGCAUUGAGAAUUGGUGGCAAUAAGCUUUUCUCUUCAAAUUACAUGGGCAUUUGUUACCUGGAGCCUUUCCGAAAAUGUCAUCAUAAGUUUUUCUACAGGAAUGCAUAAAAGUAAGACAACUAAUUCUGUCAAAUUUGGUAGCCUAAAUUGAUACAUGUUUUUUUCCUGUGUGAAUAAGCAUAACUAUGGACAAGUUUCUGUUCAAAUCUCUUGCAGAAAUUGUCUUAUGUGUGUUGCUUGAGAGAAGUACUGUCCUUAUUCUGACCCUCCAAGCCACUCGAACGUUUAAAUGCUUGCUUUUUCCUGUAAGGUGAAACAGUCAAACGCAAUGCUGGAUUCUCAUUCUCUUUGGAAGUAGCUCAUCAGCAGUUGUUGGAAGGAUGGUUUCAGGUAUUGUAAGGUGUUGGAUGGUGGCACAGAGGGGCAUUGCUCUGAGAUGUGGACUCCCUGCAUUUGGAACAGGUGCUCUCUAGAACAAAAACUCUGACAAAAUACUUCAUCUGAAGCAGCAGAAGAAACUGAAGUUUCUACUGAAAGCAUUCAUUCCCUGGCCUGCCCAUUAAUGUUCUGGAAGGGUGGAUGAUGAAUAUCUACAGAAAUUAAUCUGUCUGUUGUGUGUCCAAACAACGGUCAGUUGCAGCUUCCAAGAAGAGUCAGAGUGAAGCACAUACAAUUUGUCUCUGUCCUCCAUUUUACAGGACUGUGAAUUUCUCUGAUGCUGUCUGUUGGACACAUGGUUAAGUUACAUGCUGUGCAAAAGCAGGUUUUAUACAAAAUAAUAAUAAAAAAAUGUCACAAUAA